GGGGCCACGUCGAGGGCUACUGCUGGGCCAUUGCUAGCAAUAAAACUGAAGGUUAUGUCCCAGCACUCCUUUCAUCAGUGCGUUCGUUUACAGUUAGCUCAUUUGUAAAUGGAUUCAUCACUAUCUUUCGCUUCCUCAUCGCCCUGCACGACGUUCAUUUGUUUCUCGACCUGCCAAUCUAGUCUCUUCAUAGAGCAACUCCUCUAUACUUUUCUGGGCCCAAUGCAUGACCAAAAUGCGGGGUCCCUAAUGAUAGUGAAAUACUUAAAUUAUCAAAAUCAAUAUGAAAACAAAAUAUAUUAUACUUUCGCCAUGUAAAAAAUUAAUAUAAAUAUAAUUUAAAAUAAUUUUCGUCUAUAUUAAUAUACCACUGUAUUUUUCAAAAAUCGUUUCUACGUUUUAAAACGUGACUUAGAUGUCUUGAUUUUGUAAAAAAUUAAUAAAAUAAUUAAACAUUUUUAUACGUGAGGGGAUACGUGGAGUAACGUAUUUAUAACUCAUACCACGCAUUCAAGUCGUAUAAUUUAAUUCAGAUCUUAUAAUUCCCCAAAUCAGAUAAUAUGAUCCAAACACUGGAACAAACUUGUUCUUUGAGAUACGUACAAGUCAAUAAAGCAGAACAAAUGAAUAUUCAAACUACGAAAUAUCUGGAUAGACAAAAUCUUUUUGUCAUCCCCACGGGUAGUUCAUUGGCCAGCAUGCUCGCUUUCCAUGACGCGAUCCCGGUUUCGAUUCCAGGUCGGGGUAGAUUACAAUGUGCCGUUUCCUUGCAAUGUCUGUAUCGGAAUGCUGUGUGAAUAUGAGAAAGCUCACUUAUUCAGGUUGAGAAGAUCAGAAUACGGCGUACCCCUUAUCCCAAGGUCGCUAGGUAGGAACGCGGCUGGUCCGCCUUGACCCCAUCAGGAGCUGUGGUGUCAGUACAGAGAGACUAUGUUGAUCCCAACCCUUCAUAUUAUGAACGAAUAUAACGCGUUGUUAUACACGUUGGGCGCCCCUGAGCGCGUGGCUGACGGCGUGUGUGUGUCAGGGGUGUACGAGCCGCCGCGCGCCCUGGACGGAGGCCCGCUGCCCAGCGCGCGCCUGCUGCGCCGCCUGCUGCUGCCCAACGCGCCCUUCAAGUACGGCGACGCGCACGUGUACACGCUGCUCACCAUGCAGUGGGGGCAGCUGCUGGCCCACGACACCGCGCUCACCAGGGACUUCAUGGGCGCCAACGGAUUCAGCGCGCAGUGCUGCGCGAUCAACAACUCCACGCCGUCGCACCGUUCGCCGCUGCCGGCCAAUGAGACGGCGUCCACGUGCCUGCCGGCCAACGGCCCGGGGCCCUACUGCCUCAGCAUCGUCCGGGGCAACGCCUCUUUCGUCACCUCCGACGGGUUCGUGGGGCCAGGCGAGCAGGACGACGACGUCAACAGCUACAUCGACGCGUCCUUCGUGUACGGCAACAGCGAUGCGACGCUGGCGGCUCUGCGGGCGAACCAGAGCGGGCUGCUCGCGACCAGCGGCAACAACUGGCUGCCGCCCUCCGCCAACGCCACCGUCGACUGCGACCCGCGCAACCGCAGCGACGUCUGCUUCACGGCCGGCGACCCGCGCGUCAACCAGAACACGCAGCUCACGGCGCUGCAGAUUGUGUUUCUGCGGGAGCACAACCGCGUGGCGGGCGAGCUGGCGCGGGUCAACCCGCAGUGGGACGACGAGCGCCUCUUCCAGGAGACGCGGCGCGUCAUCAUCGCCGUCUUCCAGCACAUCACCUACUCGCGCCUCGUGCCCAUCUACGUGGGUGCCGUCACAGCAAACAGGUUCAACCUAGUUCCCAAUGAGUUUUGUCGAUACGACCAGAACGGCUACCAACCAACGGUAGAUGCCACAACCUUCAAUGAAUUCGCGACAGCCUCGAAUCGAGUAUUCCACGGCAUCGCUCAAAGCAUUCUCAAGCUGUUCGGUCAAGCAGGCGGCUGCCCCGUGGGGAAGCUACGCCUCAACGAGUGGAUGGACACCCCUGUGGCCGUGGUGCAGCCGCCCGAGCGCCUGGACCAGCUGCUGCUGGGGCUCAGCACGCAGCCCAUGCUCAAGGCCGCCCGCUGGAUCACGGAGGCGCUGGGCGAGCACCUCUUCGAAACGGACCGGGACCCGGGCCAAGACCUGGGCGCGUUCGACAUCCAGCGCGGCCGCGACCACGGCCUGCCGCCCUACUGCGAGUACCGGAGGAAGCUGGGCGGGCGCUGCUGCAGGUCCUGGCGGGACCUCGAGGACUACAUCGACCCCGAGGUUCAUCAUGAUUGGCGAUCUAACGUUUUCAAAAGUUCAAGUCCAGAAUGUGGAGUACAAGUGGAACCAAUAGAAAGUCAGCCCUCGCAGGAAGACCACAGGACGGAAAAGAAGUCCUCGUUGCUCAGUGAUUCGGUCACUCUUCUGGUUGGUGGCUCAAAAGCAACGAGGAAGUUGUGA